GAAGACGAGCGACCCAUUUGCUGCUAUGCGUUCCUUUUGUUCUCGGCUGGGCUCUCAUAGCAAUGUCUAGCUCUAUAGCGCCUUUAUUAAUCGGCAGGUUUCUUACAGGUCUUUGUGUGGGUCUGCUCGGGCCACCUUGUUCCGUAUACAUUGGCGAGACGAGCGGGCCUCGUUACCGGGGAUUCCUGCUAGCGGCUGUGUCCCUUGCUAUAGCAUUAGGCAUUUUAUUGGCCCAUAUAAUGGGUACAUUUUUGCAUUGGCGACUUACGGCUGCCAUUUGUUCCGCCUUUCCAUUUGUGUGCUAUCUGAUGAUGUCGAUAGCCCCCGAAAGUCCGAGUUGGCUUGUAUCCCAUGGAUACCCUCUACAAGCAGAAAGAUCCUUUCGAUGGCUUCGGGGCUGCGAUGAUGAGUCUUUGUUGGAAUUGCAAACUUUAUUACAAACGCAUUCGGUCAAAUCGAAUACGAAUAAAUGGCAACACGCAAAGAAAGCAUCAUUUUUGAAGCCACUGAUAAUAAUCUGUAUAUUUUUCUUGACGUGCCAAUUCUCAGGCGUCAAUGCCGUCGCAUUCUAUUCAGUGACAAUUAUUCGCGAUGCUUUGGGGCCUAGUAUUAAUGAAUAUUUAGCUAUGGGAAUUGUGGACGUUGUGCGUGUUGUUAUGUCAGUCGUAGCGUGCAUAUUAUUGAGAAGAUUCGGCAGAAGGCCGCUGGCCGUUAUUAGUGGAAUUGGAACAUCUUUCUCGCUAUUAGUCUUGGCUGCCUAUUUAUAUUUGACCAGAAAUAAUGGUGGUGCAGCGUGGAUUCCAAUGCUGAGUUUAAUAAGUUAUAUUUGCUUCAUCAGCGUUGGUAUUGUACCUCUACCAUGGGCAAUGACAGGAGAAGUUUUUCCAACGGCGUUGCGCGGCCUGGGUUCCGGAAUUGCAUCUGCGCUGGCCUUUUUGGCAUUUUUUGUAGUAGUUAAAACCGGACCGGCUAUGUUUUUGAACAUCGGACAAGAUGGAACGUUUCUAACAUACGGAACCAUCGCUCUUCUCGGUACUAUAGUAUUAUACUUUUUCUUGCCAGAAACUAAAGACAAAACAUUGCAAGAAAUAGAAGACUAUUUCGUUCACUCGAAGGAUAAAGAAAAGCAAGAAGAUACAAACGUGUAAUAUAGUUGUAUUUUGGUAAAAUAAUUAUUUUUAUAAAGGACUGCAUAUCAUAUUCAUUAGUUACAACCCUCACAUUAGAUUUACUUAAACUAAUUUUAUUUUAAAAUAAGUAUUUGCCAUCGAUUAUAUUGCUGUUAUGAUGCGACACAGCUAAUAUGUGGUAUUUGAACAAUAUUUGAAUUCAUGUGAAUUACUUUGCCAAUUAAUUU